AGGUUAAGAUCAUGGGGGUUGGACAGCAGCCAGCCUCAUAGCCCCUCUGAACUCUCUAUGCUGGAUCCAACAGCUGCUUAUUCGGCUCUUUGCUUCUUUCAGAGAGCUUCUCUCUGACCUGUAUUUCAGUGCAGGUACUAAGAGCGAACAGAAACCCUUCUGCACAAUAUUUAGUUUGGACUUGUGCUUUUGAAACACAAGACACUUCUUAAAAGGCCCUUCUCAGUCUAUGAGUAAAUCCUGCUUAGUUUGUUGUCGGGGUUUGGUUUGACUCAACCACAUGAUCAGAGUCAGGUGAUGGAAUUGGGAAGAAAAACUAAAAAAAGGACAAACGGUUGCUGUAGGAGCUUAGCAGCUGCUCUCCCUUGGUGAGGAGCCGUGACCCGCUUGGAAAAUGGGUUCCUGUCCCAGGUCUCCGCUUUGGAGUUUAGGUGCCGCUUGUUUGAUGGGUAUUGUUGUUGGACAAAUGACCACUGCCCAGGUCUCUACGGGAUCACCACUGGUAUCUGCUGAUGUUUCGUCAGCUGCUCCAAAUGCAACCACUGUCGGGGUCUCUACGGUAUCAACUACAGCUGUGACAGUAACAGCUGAAGUGCUGUCAACCACUACAAACCCCACGGUGCCAUCUGCCACAACAGUAUCUGCUGAGGUUUCAUCCACCACCCGAACUGCAAGGGUGUCCACUAUUCCAAAUAGUACCACUGUUCAGGUUUCUCCAGGACCAACAUCAGCUGUGACAGAGUUGGCUGGGGUAACAUCAGCUACCCCCCGUGGCACAGUACCUACCAGCAUGCUAUCUACUGCUCCAAACGUGACAGCAUCUGCUGGGGUUCCAUCAGCUACUCCAUUUGUAAGCACCAUGGAGUCCACAAACUGCAGUGCAGUGAACACAACAGCGUGUACAGCUUGUUCACCAGGAACGUUUCCCAGCAAUGAGACAUUGGGUUGUUUCUGCUGCUCAGAGGGCUCCUGCGCAGAACCUAUUGAUUGCAUCUCCUGUCCAGUGGGUCACUAUCAGCCUCUAGCUGGACAACUGUCCUGUCUGCUUUGCCCACAAGGAUAUUACACUAAUUUAAUGAAAAGUGUUGCAUGCCUGCCCUGUCAGCCUGGCUCUUAUUCCAAUGAGUCUGGGGCACCAGCUUGCACACCGUGUGGAAAAGGGCAUUUCAGCUUCCAGAACAAUUCAGCAUUCUGCAUGCCCUGUCCACACGGAUCAUUUUGCAAUACUACCAACUGCAGCAAGUGUACAAUUUGCCCCACUGGAGAAGAGGCCCUUACAGAAGCAUCUGAAGAAUGUGCACCUUGUCUGCCAGGUACAUAUAAAGGCCCCAGCGACAGCAAAUGUGAGAUCUGCAAUAUAGGAGAAUACCAAGUACAAAGGGGCAAGGAGAGCUGUGACAAAUGCCCAGAAAAUUAUUACUGUCCUAGCCCAGAUGUGAACCCAAUUGCAUGUCCUUCUAAUGCCUUCUGCCCAGCUGGGAGCACUCAACCACAAUAUUGUAUGGAAACAUUUCUUUAUAAGGCAGGAAACUCUUGUGAACUGGCUCCUCUAACCAUUGUAUUACUAGCUGUUUCUUCAGCAGGUGGAGUCCUGCUUGUGUCUGUAAUAAUUCUGAAACAAAGGCAAGAAAAUGGCAGGAAAACUUUAAAAUCUCCAUUACUUUCAAAAGGAGCGAGACCACACACAACUUAUGGUGUGACUGGGCGCACAGAACCAGUAUAUGCUGGCUGGUAGUCGGCUAGGAUUGUAUAGAGUUGUAAAAAUCACAAGCAUUUUCCCAGUUUCUUUUCUCAUGUCUGGUGAUUUGACAGAUGUUUAUUUAGGACUGUGGGUCUGGGCAGAAUGUAAAACAUUAUUAAUCCAUGGGGAUUUGUUUGUGUAGCCAAAAUAUUUAAUUUUAGCCAUGAGUGAACAAAAAUGAAACUUAGAAAGUGAUUUGAUUUGUCUGGCUUAAUUCAGGAAAAAGAAUAGGUGCAUCCUUGCACAUUAUCACUCCCACCGCCAAGGGAGAAAAUUGUGUGUCAUGGCAAUCCUCUCAAUUUCAACAACAGACAAUACCAUGAGUGAGCAUGUGGUAGCAUCAUUUAACAUGGUCUCUUUACAGUAUGCUAGCUAUUCCUACCAUGGCAGGACUUAACACAAACAUAAUUCCUCUUCAGAACAUACAGAAUCUCUUCUUCCACUCCCAGAACAUGACUGUUUCCCCUAAGCAGGAGUGGGGCAGAGAAAGCUGCAUGAUCCCAGAUUCACCCUUCCCCCAUAACUGAGAGAGGAUAUCUGUAGGGAAAGUGGUGGGCAAUUAUGGAAAAAUACCUCUCCAGUGUUUGCUGCUAGACCCCAAUGAAACUGGCUGCAGAAGCUGCUCACUAUUAUAGGGCUGCUGCAUCAGGGAAGCAGCCCAACAGUCAUUUCCUCUCCUUCAAGGCACUCAGCUCUAAAUGCAACCCGGCCCCUCAGAGCCACCGAACUGCACAUAGCAUUGGUGAGCAGGAGCAACAAAAGGAAUGUCUACUCUGCAAAAACAGACCCAUAGUAGCAAAUCUCAGAGUCCAUGUCAACUGACUUGGGCUUACAGCACGCCCCCCCAGCCAGGUUUCAGAGCCCAGGCUCCAGCCCGAGCCCGAAUAUCUACACUGCUAUAUUUUAGCCCCAGAGUGUGAACCCGAGUCAGUUGAACUGGGUUCUGAGACUCACUACUGAGAGUCUUUUUUUUGCUGCAAACACAUAACCAAAAGGUGAAAAUACAAGAUAAGAAGACAGGAGCAAGAGAGAAAAUAGACAAAAGCAGAUAGAACUACUGAAGUGUAAGGAGGUGUUUCCUCUAUUCCAUCUCAAUCAGAUCUCUAUUCAGAAAACGCUGGGAAGCACUACUGUAAUUGAAAGCAGAUUUCUACACAUCUGUCAUAAGACCAACCAGAACUGUACUAGCUAUUAUUACUGGAAUGCCUACAACAAAGUUAUGGCCCUAUCCAUGAUGACUGAUCAGUCAUUACAACAUAUGAAAUGCUGUACUUGAUCGGUCCAAAAUUGUACAGAAAACUUCAGCCACUGCUAACACCAACCAUUCUUUAAUCUACCCAUCCUCGUGAGACACCUCUCUCUAAAGAGAAAUGCAUGUUGAUGCACCUUUAUUGGAAGUGAUUUUAAAAAAUAACUGUAUAAGUAUUUCCUUUCUGCGUAAGAAUGAAGUGAAGAAGUUCUAGCCCUAUUUAAGUAAGACUCCCAUGGACUUCUGUGGGGCCAGGAUUUCAACCAUGGUGUAAUACCACCAUUCUUUGUGCAUUAUUGUCACUUCCUACUAGGGUGGGAUUCAUAUAGUCAGAGGACCCAUGCUAGCAGUCUUGCAAAAGCCCUAAGGAAUGGACAGAGCAGUUGUGGUGGGAAGUUACUGCUCUCCCUUUGUCUCAAAGGUGUACUUCACCUGCUUUAAAUACAUUGACAAAGAGCAGCACUGUGGAGAGGGCAAUAAGUCAUGCUUGUACAUGGAUGCAGUUAAUAGGUGUCACGGAGUCCCCUGGUGAUGCUCUGGAAUUGCUCCCCACAAAACCAAUCAGGACUUUGGGGAGCCUCCUCUCCCUCGGAGUAGACUGGCUUCAGGGAAAGAA